ACUCGACCGACCUCCCAGCUGCCCUCGUCGAUACGAUUUUUUUCGACCUCCCUUAGACUCUGCACUCAGUACGACGACGCGAGCAGACACAGAGCAGCAGCUACUAUGGGCAUCAUCCAGUCCAUGACGCGUAAACGGGCCGACGCCGCCGAGACGCAGCGCCAGGGACGGAAGGAGAAGCGCAACUCGAGUACCGCUGCGUUUGCGAGCACGAAUAAGGCUGCAUCACAGUCGCCGUCUCCCCAGAGCAGCGAGGUCUCGUCGGUGCUCUCGGAGCCACAGCAGCUUGACCCAUCGAAACUCAAGAUCAGGUUAACGGAGAACCCUAAAACCGUCGAUCCCCCAGAGAAGCUCAAGUUUGGUCAAAACUUCACGGACCAUAUGCUCGUCGUCUCAUACGACCCCGUCAGCGGGUGGUCAGAUCCCGAGAUCAAGCCAUACGAGCCCCUCAUCCUCGACCCCGCUUGCUCUGUUCUGCACUAUUGCACAACAAUAUUUGAAGGCAUGAAGGCGUACAUCGGUCCAGACGGCAAGCCAAGACUGUUCAGGCCUCAAAUGAACAUGCGUCGAAUGGAGGGCUCAGUAGCUCGCCUUGCUCUCCCACCCAUCGACGGCGACGCGAUCCUCGAGCUCAUCAAGCGCUUCGUCAACAUCGAGAAGCGCUGGAUCCCCAACGCCCCAGACUACAGCCUCUACCUCCGCCCAACCGUGAUCGGCACCCGCCCAAUGCUCGGCGUGCACGCCUCCGACCACUGCACGUUCUUCCUCAUCGCCUCCCCAUGCGGGCCCUACUUCCCCAACGGCCUCCGCCCCGUCUCGCUCCUCGGCGUGUCCGACCACGUGCGCGCCUGGCCGGGCGGCACGGGCGGACAGAAGCUCGGCCUGAACUACGCGCCCGGGUUUCUGCCGCAGAAGGCCGCGGCCGCGCGCGGGUACGAGCAGGUGCUCUGGCUGUUCGGCGACGAGCGGCGCGUCACCGAGGCGGGCGCGAUGAACUUGUUUGUCGUCGUGCAGCGCGAAGACGGCGCCGGGCACGACGUGCUCACUGCGCCCCUGGACGGGACGAUUCUCCCCGGUGUGACGCGCAACUCGUGCUUGGCGCUCGCGGCAGACGCGCGGUUCGCGGAGGACGCGGGGCUGGGGCGGUUGUAUGUGAAGGAGGAGGCGUAUACGAUGCGCGAUCUGGUGAGCUGGGCGCGCGCGGGCCGCCUGAGCGAAGUGUUUUGUGUUGGCACGGCGGCUGUUGUGUGCGCCGUGAACAGGAUAGGGUGGCCCGAGGGGCUGAAGGAGCUCGGCGAGGAGCCGGCGGAUGCGCCGCCCAAGCCCGCGCCUGGGGAGGGUGUGACCGAGGAUGGGAUGAAGUGCGGGUUCGACGGGACGGAUAUCUUCGUGGAGACGUACGAGGGCGGGCUUGGGCCCGUUGCGAGGGCGCUGCGGACGAAGAUUCUCAGGAUUCAGGAGGGGCGGGAGACGCAUGAGUGGGGCGUCGUUUGCGAGUGAGCAUCGGCCUGGUGUGCGAUGCGAUUGUGGUUCGAUGGAAAAGUUCGUCAAAAAUGCUGCUGGACUCCGCAUGCAUGUAUGCUAUAAUGUAUACCCGUAGAUAUAUUUAUAACUGGGAGACUGGCCUCUGCCUCAGC